CUGAGCGUGUCUGGUCUGCACGUGUUGUGAAUGAGUUGAAGUUGGUGUAAAUACAGAUAAUCCAAACGCUGUUUCUGAAUCAUAAGUUAUAUUUCAUUUUUUUAUUUUAUUUUUUUAUAAUACUGACAUUUUUUAUUAUCUCCCUGUAGACGAAGACUUAAUGCUUUAUGGUUCUUGCCUAAAAGCUUCUUGCCAUGUCAUAUCUGAAUAAUUUUGAACCUGUCCAUAGCAAUGUUUCUGAAUGCAGUUGGAUGAAAUGAGUGAUGUUGCAGCUGACAUCAGCGCACGAAAGGUGGUAGUGGGAUAUGUUUGUCGCAAAACCUUUAUUCUAAAGCUACUGUGCAUAACUUAGCUAAAGCCUGCCCAGUAGUGCCAUCCUUCAGCCAGUAUUGCUAUUGGCUUUACUAGAGACUGAACAUAGGCAGCUUGGAGAGAGAUUGCAGAAUGUCCCACUGUUUGGGUGUCAAGAGAUAUGUGGUUUUUGGUCUCCUGCAUCUGGAGGACAACAUUACUUUAUCUAUAUUAUCUGGACAACAAUAGAUAGCAUUUAAUUUUCUGCAUAAGUUGUAUGUAUCGGAGCUGUCAUACAGAAACCUAACAUCUUUCAAGGAAGCAAGAACAUCUUGCUUCUAAGUAUGUUCACGCAGUUUGGUAAACUUUGCCUUUUUUUUUUCUACCUCUCAUCGUAAAUGUGUAAACCUCCAGACAGAUGUGAAAGGUAAUCAGCAAAGUUUAUUUUCACAAAAUGACAGAAAAGAAAAAUGGAGAGACAAGGUUUUGGCUUGACGGCAACAAUGUUUGACAGGGUUAUGUAUUUCUUAAUCAAAGACACUUGAUUAUGACAAGGCGGAUUGACAAGAUAAAGCACGUCAGUUGUCUUUUCAUAGAAGGUGUGCGGCACUAUUUGUGUGAUGCACAAAAUCACACUUACCUGGUUUUACAUUUUUGCUGUCGUUUGUCUUAUAAGAGGUUUAUGUGCUGCGAAAGCAGUUACUGCCUGCUCCAGUUGUUUGCAUUUUUUUCCAUCAGAGAAUCUAUUUUUAGCUGUUAAUAUUCCCACUGACAUCUGGAGUGUGUUUUUAUAUCUACAUGUUUUGUUUUCUUUUCAUUCCUCACAUACUUCCUUCUAUCCUAUGCAUUGUUGGAAACUGUACUAUUUUAUUCCCAUUAUAUGAGACAUGCAGAUCAGUGCAAAGAAUGUGACAGUUCUACAAAAUAAAAGCACAACUGGUUAUAUAUUAAGAAAAAUCAUGAAUUACCCUAAAGUUUUAAUCAGUGUCAUCAUCCUUAUUUGAUCUGCUUUGUAUUAAAUCCAUUGUCUAACAUUCCCUCUCCCUCUCCAUAUGUUAAAUUCCUUAACCCCAAAGACCCUUUUGCGCCGUCGGAUGGCAAAACCAACACUGCAUCUUCAGGUCUAGAUCUUUUUGGGAUGAUGACAGUGGAGAACAAUAGCUCACUGGACGUCUGUUUUAGCUCUAUGGAGACUCAGCCCUCCCCUUCCCCAUCCCCCUCACCGCUCUUCACCUCCACAUCCAUCACCACCACUGCAACCAUUUCAGGCUCCGACAUCAACAGCACAGCGACGGACCUUUUUGGUGAUAUGUUUGACUCCAUGCCAGACUCGAGCUUCUCCAAAACGGACCCAUUACCCAGCACUGACUUGUUUUCAGCAGCCGAUUUGUUCAGCUCCUCUGCACCCAUCCUCUCUGCACCACCACCCAAAAUUGACACAGGAGGCAUCAUGAGCUUGUUUGGUGGUGGGUAACAUGAAUGACUGUCUGCCCUCAAUCUGUCUCCACGGCUCUUGAAAACACCAUCAAAGAAGAGAAGGGUGUAAUCUGGAAGUUUCCCUUCUGUGGUUAUAGCUGCAGAAUUUCCAUCUGUGGCCUAUGUUUAUCUGCCUCACAUUUCUACCUCUUCCAGCGUCACAUGCUCAACUUAGUUGAAAGAGGUUACAGAACAUUUUGGUUCUAUUUAAAUGAAACAGACGUUGAGAUGUUUUAAAUUGGGUGAGUGUGUGUUUUGACUUGCACUGCGGCACCAUUUUUAACUUUAACUGUUUUGUCUGAAACUAGCGGCGUUGACGCAGAAGGCUGACUAUUACCCUUGUUUGCCCUCAUGCUGCGCUGGAAAUGGCUGGACGUGUUUCGGCCUGGCUUGGCAUGAUGUGGUCAUGUUUGGGAUGA